AUGACCAAAUUCUGGUUCUGCCUCACACUCUUUGUGUAUGUCAUGGCGGAGCAGCAAGCUGUCUUUUCGAGCGACCCCCUGAGUCCGGAUCGACUCUCGGUGAUAUUUUGCCGGGCAUUCGUGUACGUUGGCAGCCUUGGGCAGCUGUUCGCCAAGCACGCGUACCAGACCUAUAGGGCAGUUCGCCAGAAGCAACUUACACGCCUGUGUUGCUUGCCCAUUCCGAAGUACAUGUUGCAGACCCGCCAGGAGCUAAUAGAAGCGAUCCUUGUGCUCUUGCUGAUGUGCCUCUUGUGCUGUGAGCCAGUUCUCCACUGCCUUGCAGUCAGCAGCGAGCUUCUUACAAAUUGCUGCGAGUACGGUGAAUGGCAAUGCAACCUCAUUCACUCCUACAGUCGCCUGGCAGCCUUCCCGAUGCUGUUGUACUUUGUACUCGCAUCAGAGCUGGUCCACUUGAAUGUGCACAUGUCGGUCUUCAGUGUGAUAUGCUCUUGCCUGAUGUGGGAGUUCGUCUUGUACGUGGCUGUCCUGAUCUUCUUCACUGCUGCCUUUGCUUCGGCUGUCGCCUGUUUGCCGCAGUCCCUGGGCAGUGAUUCCAUUCAGAUGCGCGACUUUUUCAGCUGGCCCUUGGCUUUCGAGUCUAUGUUGUCAAUGGCCUUCAACAGCUAUGGCAGCGAGAACUACGAGGAGAUUGCGGAGGAAAAUGAGCCUCUGCUGAAAUGGUUCGUCAUGGGCUUUGCCGCGUGCUGGCACGUGUACCUGAUGAACCUGAUGGUGGCACAGCUGUGCCAGCGCUACAACGAAAUCUUCCGCGAUGCGCGGGGCAAUGCCCGGUUGACCCGUGGCAUCUCUACGAGACAUCGAUGCCGUUGA